GCAUAAAUAAGGUUGAGCAUCUCCAUACACAUCACUUGUGUACACACACUUAAACUUGCACAUCAGAAUUCAUACACUUUCUGGGAAAUUCUUGCAAAGAUGCCAUGCCUGACUCCAGCUCAUAGACAGAGGAUCCACAGUGGAAAUGAAUCAGUGCUGGAGAGAAUUCUGAUGGUGGACCAAAUUCUGUCAGAAUUCCUGCUGAGUAAAGAAGAGCUUAAAGAAGUGAUGAGGAGAAUGCAGAGAGAGAUGGAGAGGGGACUUCGUGUGGAAACUCACGAUGAAGCCAGUGUGAAAAUGUUGCCCACUUAUGUCCGCUCCACACCUGAAGGCUCUGAAGUGGGUGAUUUCCUGGCACUGGAUCUUGGAGGGACAAAUUUCCGGGUGAUGCUAGUAAAAGUGGGCGAGGAUGAGGAGCGGGGCUGGAAGGUAGAGACGAAGCAACAAAUGUACUCCAUCCCAGAGGAUGCCAUGACCGGUACGGCUGAAAUGCUGUUUGACUACAUUGCGGGGUGCAUAUCUGACUUCCUGGACAAGCAUAAUCUCAAACAUAAGAAGCUUCCACUCGGUUUCACCUUCUCUUUUCCAGUCCGCCAUGAAGAUUUGGACAAGGGCAUUCUGCUUAACUGGACAAAAGGCUUCAAGGCCUCUGGCGCAGAGGGCAAUAAUGUUGUGGGUCUACUGAGAGAUGCUAUUAAAAGACGAGGGGAUUUUGAAAUGGAUGUGGUUGCUAUGGUGAAUGACACAGUAGCCACCAUGAUCUCCUGCUACUAUGAGGACCGCAGCUGUGAAGUUGGCAUGAUAGUAGGCACUGGCUGUAAUGCUUGCUAUAUGGAGGAGAUGCGUAGAGUGGAGCUGGUGGAGGGAGAGGAGGGACGGAUGUGUGUGAACACUGAAUGGGGAGCAUUUGGGGACAAUGGUGAACUGGAGGAGUUUCGUCUGAAAUAUGAUCGUGUUGUAGAUGAGACGUCACUCAACCCUGGAAAACAGCUGUAUGAGAAGCUGAUUGGUGGAAAGUAUAUGGGAGAGCUUGUGCGUCUUGUGCUGCUAAAACUCGUGAAUGAAGAUCUGCUGUUUAUUGGUGAAGCCUCAGACAUGCUGAAAACAAGGGGAGUUUUUGAAACUCGCUUCGUCUCCCAGAUUGAGAGUGACACGGGGGACAGUAAGCAGAUUUAUAACAUCCUAAGUUCGCUGGGAAUCUUGCCAUCCGAGCUGGACUGUGACAUUGUACGUCUGGCUUGUGAAAGUGUGUCUAUGCGAGCUGCUCACAUGUGCGGGGCUGGACUCGCUGGCGUCAUCAACCUAAUGAGGGAACGACGUUGUCAAGAGGAACUGAAGAUCACUGUGGGAGUGGAUGGCUCUGUCUACAAACUACACCCUCAUUUCAAGGAGAGGUUACAUAAACUUGUGCGGGAAAUGACACCUCACUGCGAAAUUACCUUCAUCCAAUCAGAAGAAGGGAGUGGUCGGGGCGCGGCUCUCAUUUCUGCAGUGGCAUGCAAGAUGGCUUGCAUGCUGGCACCAUGAUGUAUUUCACAUGUUUCAGCCUCAUUUACGCCUGGUGGAAGUCUAGGAUCAUCGGUGAACUGUAAUGUUGAUAGACACUCAUUCAGAGUGGUCUCAGAAAGCACCUUCUUGUGGUGAACAUUGUAUUGUGUAAGUGGAGGAGAUGGCUUAAGGGUUGUUAUGACAAUAUUAAUAAUUUAGACAUUUGCUGUUCAAAUGCUUUUAGACACAAAUAUACAGAAACAUUAUUAUUGUCUGGAGCACAUGUUGUUUUACAUUUAUAGGUUACAUUGCCUUUUACUUUGGUGACUGAAGGU